AUGAAAGUUGAGCAGCCAGACGAAGCCAAUGGAAUUGCGAUUGAACGACCCCAACCUGUCAAUGAUGAGUUGCGGAAUUCACCACCAGCCUUCAAUGAGCAGACCAACUACGUGCCAGUCAAGACAAUCAUCACAAUAUUCUUAGCAUGCGCAAGUGUCGACCUGCUCGCUCUAAUGGACCAAACGACCCUCGCAGCUAGCUUGACAAUCAUCACCAAAGACCUUGGAGCAAGCUCAGAGAGUGCAUGGAUAGCUGGCGCAUACUUCCUCACCUCAACUUCGUUCCAGCUACUCUACGGGCGACUCUCAGAUAUCUGGUCGCGCAAAGUGUUGCUUGUAAUUGGCAUCUGGAUCUUCUUCUUCGGAUCGCUCGCAGCUUCCUUGGCGCAGACGAGCCUUCAGCUUAUUGUCUUUCGUGCGUUCAUGGGUGUGGGCGGUGGUGGAUUGAUGACGGUGGCGCAGCUGAUCGUCAGUGAUAUUGUGCCGUUGAGGGAGAGGGGGAAGUAUCAAGGCAUAUUGGGCUCUGUCGUUGCUUUGGCCAACGGUAUUGGGCCAGUCGUAGGCGGCGCACUUGCGUCUCAAAGUCACGACUCUUGGAGGUGGAUCUUUCGUCUGAAUUUGUUCCUGAGCGUUCUCACCACCGCUUGCGUGUUCUUCUUCAUGCCACUGAAGAAAGUGUACGGCAAUUGGAGGCAAAAACUAGCGGCAAUCGACUUUUUUGGUGUCGUCCUAGCUCUCGCUGGAUCUGCAAUGUUGGUGCUGGCCCUUACGUGGGCGGGCGGCGAGUACGCAUGGGACUCUUCCCAUGUCAUAGCAACUCUCGUAGUUGGCAUCAUCACUAUGGCUGGCUUCGUGCUAUGGCAAUGGAAGGGCACGAAAGUACCGUUGGUCACAUUGAACAUCUUCACCUCAAAGCUUGUGAAUGGAGCAGUUCUGACCAUGUUUGUCAACGGUUACAACUUCCUCGUUCAGAUCUACUAUAUCCCCUCGUUCUACCAACUGGUCUACGGCUACUCGGCCGUCAAAUCUGGCGCUCUAUUACUGCCAAUCACGCUCACACAAACCCUGUUCAGUACCCUCUCCGGCCUCGUCGUUCACAAAACGGGGCGCUACAGAGAAUGUCUACUCAUCGGCUGGGCCGUAUGGGCGAUCGGCCUAGGUCUGAUAUCGACACUCUCAUCGCCAUCUCUAGGGCAACAAAUUGGCUACGGUCUCCUCGCCGGCUUCGGGCUGGGAAAUACACUACAGCCUUCGUUGAUCGCCGUGCAAGCGGGUGUCGAGCGCAAACACAUGGCGGUCGUCACGUCGUUCCGGAACUUCGUCCGCAACUUGGGCGGCACGCUGGGAUUGGCGAUCAGUGGCACCAUCAUCAACAACGCAGUGAGGAAUUCGCUGACGCCGUAUGGAUUGUCGAGGGGCCAGAUCCGAUUGCUGCUUGACUCGCCCGAGAGGUUCAAGGAAGCAAAUACCAACCAGGAGAUGGAUGUGCUCCGGCUGGCACUGUCAGCGGCGUAUCAAAAGGGCUUCAGGAUUGUGUUCAUCGUGGGCGCGGUACUGAACGCUCUUGCGUUCGUGGCGGCGUGGUUCUUGAUGCCGCAGGUUGAACUGGCGAGGCCUGAUGACAAGAAGCUGAAGGAGGAGGGGAGGCGGUGGUGUGAGGCGAACGAGAAAGGGCAGAAGGAGAAGAUUCGGGAGGAUGCUUGA